GUCAGUGCCGCAACUACCACCAGGGCAAGCAGGGCAAAGCCCUGCCAGAGGGCCCAAAUUAAUUUUUCAAAGGGGGCCCAUAAUGGGUGGAUCCUAUUAUUAUUUUUCCGGGUUUUUGAUUUUGUAAAAAUGUAUUUUGAAUUGAAAUAUUUUAAAUAUUAAAUAUUAAGGAGUUCAUAAUCGAUAAGUAAUAAUGCGGUAAACAUAGACCUUAUGCUUAAAUAAUAAUUUAGAUUUUAGGCACAAACUAUGAAAAGUCUGUGGUAUAAGUAUAAGGUCUUUGGCGGCAAAUCAAUUUCACAGAUUUAUUCUGUGAUAAAAGAUUAAUGAUGAAAAAAUCACCGAUCAUCUUGGCGUUGGCUACACUGAAUACUCAGUUUGUCUUAUAAACCAAAGCAUUAUUCUGUGACCAAAGUAAGCACCACUAAAGUGCAAAAUAAAAAUAGAAUAAAAAUAUCUCUUUUGUUUACAUUUAGGUACCUACAUACAAAAUAAUAAUUCACCAAUUAUCUUCCGAACUAACCUUUAUGGCUUAUGCCUCUAUGUGUUUUAAAUUAUUUCAAAUUUAUAAUCACCAAGUUACUACUAGGUACUUUUAAUUUUCACUUUUCAUUGAAUAGUUUGCAUUGCUAAUAAAAAAAUACUUUUAUUAAUCAUUGCUGUUAAUACUUUAAUACUUGACUUAUAAGUUAUUUUAAUCAUAUUUACAAUGUCAAAAUAUCUCAGUGGUUCAGCAAAAAGGAAAAUGAGAAUAAAAAAAGAUGAAGAAAUAAAGAAGUUGAGAGGUUCAUUAAAUAUGUUUGUAGUAAAAAACAAUUUGGAUAAUGCUGUUGACAAGUGUGCCAAAAAUGUAAUUAUUAAAACAAAUAAAAAUACUGAUGUGGAAUCGUCUGGGACUUGUGAUGAUACUGAGCCAGACAUAUUUGAUAAUCAAGUCGAUAACUUUUCCACCAACUUAAUUAGUAAAAUAAAUGAAAAUACUGAUUUGGAAUCGUCUGUGACUUGUGAUGAUACUGAGCCAGACAUAUUUGAUAAACCAGGUGAAAAUGAAAAUAAUGAAGUAGAAUCGUCUGACACUUGUGAUGUUACUGAGUCAGGCAUAUUUGAUAAACCAGGUUUAGAUUUAACAAAUGAUUAUCCAACUGACCGUGGACAUUUUAAAGAGUUUGAUACUGUAAAAUCUGAUUUGAAGAGAAGUAUUUUAUUGCAUGGACCAUGUAAACCAACCAACAUAGAAUUUCCCUAUAGCCCUGAUGGAAAAGGCAUCCUUAGACGUUUUUCAGCACAGUUUUAUCACAAAACUACAAAUACAGGACUAUGUAUACCCAGAAUAUGGUUAUGCUAUUCAGUCAUUUUAGAUUGUGCAUACUGUGAAGUAUGUUGGCUUUUCGCUGAUAGGCAAAAUAGAAAUUUUAAAAUAAAUUGGAUAUUAGGAAUUAAUGAUUGGCACCAUAUUGGAGAAAAAAUUGGAGCACAUGAAAUUUCUCAACAACAUAUUCAAGCCACUGAAGUCCGAGUACGCUGGUUAAAAAACGAAACUAUAGACAAACAUAUGGAAGAUAAAAUUAUUAAAGAAGCUAGUUUUUGGAGAAAUGUUUUAAUUAGAUUAGUCAAAAUUAUUUUAUUUUUAACUGCGGGGAAUACUGCUCUCCGAGGAAACGAAAACAGUAAAACUAAAAUAAAUAAUACAGAAGGAAACUUUAUCAGGACUGUAAGGCUAAUGGCAGAUUUUGAUCCUGUUUUAAAUAAUCUAUUGAAUAAUGAAAAUAAUAAAAUAAAAUACCUGAGUUGGAAAAUUCAAAAUGAAUUAAUUCAUUUAUUAUCCUCAGAAGUAUUAAAUAUAUUAGCAAACGAAGUAAAAAGAUCUAAAUAUUAUUCAAUAAUAGUAGAUUCGACACAAGAUAUAACAAAAAUUGAUCAAUUGAGUGUUAUACUGCGUUAUGUUGUUUUAAACUAUGAAACAAAAUCAUUUGAAGUAAAAGAAUCUUUUUUUGGGUUUUUUGAAUUAGAGAACCAUGGCUCAAAGGAUUAUGAAAAUCUUAUUUAUGAUGUGUUGAAAAAGUACAAUUUAGACAUCCAAAAUUGUCGUGGCCAGGGUUAUGAUGGUGCAGCAGUAAUGAGUGGAGCUUAUUCAGGAGUGCAACAAAGAAUAUCUUCUACCGUGUCGAAUGCACAUUAUGUACAUUGCUGCGCACAUAACCUUAACUUGGUGAUUUGUGAUGCAGCCAAAUCGACGCAAGUUGCAACUAACUUUUUUACAACAUUACAAACUAUAUUCAAUUUUUUUAGUUCUAGUUGUCCUAGAUGGGCAUCACUUGCAUUUGGUGAUGACACUGCCAAAACAAUUAGACUUAAAGUAUUAAAAAAAGUUUGUCCUACUCGCUGGGAGGCUAGGCAUUCAUCAGUAUCAGCAUUAAAACAAAGGUAUAUAGAAGUUAUAAAAUCAUUAACAUAUAUGAGUUUAUCAAGUAGUAAAGUAGAUGAAAAACAUAUGGCAAUUUCAAUUAAAAAAAAAAUAGAAUCUUUUGAAUUUUUACUUAUGUUAUGUUUGUGGGAACGAGUAUUGCGUCCUUUGCAUGGUAUCUCUAAACUUUUGCAGAAGCAAGACAUUGACCUCCAGAAAGCAUUAGAUAGAUUGACUGAUGCCUAUACUUGUAUGCAGCAACUAAGGAAUGACUAUUGUAGUGUAGUUGAAAAUGCAAGCAACCUGGCAAUUAAAUGGGGUAUUCCAACUGAUGACAAAGUGGUUCGCCAAAAAAAAGCAAGGUUGUUUUUUGAUGAAGUAGAUGGUGACAGACGAAUGAAUAUCACACAAGAUAAUUUUAAAAUAAAAGUAUUUUUACCAGUUGUUGACACAAUAAUAUGUCAACUUAAAGAUCGAUUUAAAGGUUUACAUAACGUUUGUAGUAUUUUCAAUUUUUUGAAACCUCAAACACUUUUAGGACCAGAUGAAAUUACUAUUAAAGGAUCAUAUGACUUUAUUCAAAUGUAUCAAUCAGAUAUAAGUUCUGAUUUAACAAGUCAACUGCUAUCAAUCAAAGAAAUUAUAAAAAAUAAAAAUUUGAAUAGUAUCCAAGCACUGGCCUCAUUUAUUCUCGAAAACGACUUUGCUACAAGUUACUCUGAUGUAUUAGGAGCAUGUAUAAUUUAUUUGACAUUGCCAGUAACGGUUGCAACAGCAGAAAGGUCUUUUUCAAAACUUAAAAUAAUAAAAAGCUAUUUAAGGAAUUCAACUGGACAAGAACGACUGUCCAAUAUUUCAGUUUUAAAUAUCGAACAGCGUCGUACAAAAGAAAUUGAUAUGGACAAAAUAUUAACAAAUUUUUCAAAUAUGAAAGCAAGAAAAAUGAAAUUUGAUUAAGUAUGAAUUAAUAUAUUGUUAAGUUUAUUAAAAUUAUUUAAAUAUAUAACAUAAAAUAUAUAAAUACAGAUAUCAUUUCCACAGAAACAUAGAAUACAAUAGUUUUACAAAAUAAUAAUCAUUUAUCAUACCUUUUAAUUUUAUCAAAAAAAAAAAUUUCUAGCAGCAUUUUAUAUUAUUAUGUACCCUCUAUAGUUGUAGGGCCCGAAAUUUAAUUUUGCCCUGGGGCCCUAAAUUACUAAGUUGCGGCACUGAAUGCAGUUCUAUUACGACAAGGAGAUAGGAGAAAUUUCAGAAUCUCUGUAAGUCUAGCUGAAACAUUGACCCCGGUGCCGAACAAUAUAAUAUUUUCCAAGCUCACGCAAAUCUUAUCGGAAGCACGCCUUAUCAACACAAUACAUCUAAAUCAACAGGAUACAAAAACUCCAUUAUAAUAUUAUUACUCAUAAGUAUGUUUUUUAAUUUUAACUUAUAUCCUCUUCAG